GGAUAGACUCUGGACCCCCACGCACAGGACAUGCAGUGUCCACUCCCCCAUCACUCUGCCUGCUGUGUGUGAGAAUAGAAACGACCAUGACAGUGAAGGUACAGAGGAUGAGGAAGUGAGGGUUAGUCUCCACAGAUCUGGGCUCAGUGACACACACAUGUAUGGAUCCUCUGAUGCUCCUGUUUCUUCUCAUUGCUGGGCUCACAGGUGCUGACAGUGUGUCCACAGUGAGCAGGGUGUCUGCAUGGAGAGGAGGAUCUGUCACCAUCCCAUGUUUCUAUGGUGACAGAUAUAAAACUCAUGUGAAAUACUGGUGCAGAGGGGAUUAUAGGGAUGCAUGUACUCCCAUAGUACACAGUGACUCUCCACAGGAGGGUAAAGUGUCAAUCAGAGAUGAUCCUGACCAGCGAGUCUUCACUCUGACCAUCAACAAUCUGACAGCUGGGGACUCUGGUUAUUACUCCUGUGGUGUGAAGAUCAGUGUAGAUUCAGAUGCUGGAGCAUCACUUUACCUGUCAGUCACUAAUGGUUCCCCAGAGCUGUCAGUGGACAAACAGGAGGUGACAGGUGUGGAAGGAGACAGUGUCAGUGUUCAGUGUCGCUAUAGAAACAGUGACAGUCUGAAGCUGUGGUGUAAGAUCAGGGGCUCCUGUACAUCAGAGAGAUCAGGGAGUUUGGAUGGGAGGCCUGUCCUGAUCAGGGAUGACACAGUAAAUAGAGUCUUCAGUGUGACAAUGAGGGCACUGGAGAGGAAGGACACAGGCUGGUACUGGUGUGCUGCUGGGUACCACCAGAUCCCAGUUCAUAUUACUGUCAGUCAGACAACUACAACCACAACCAGCACUGAAUUCUCUGGUACCCCAGGUGCUGACAGUCGAGUACCUGAUUCCCGUCUGAUUAGCAGCACCUUAGUUAUUUUGGGACAUGAUGAAGAUGGAGGGAAUACUGAUAAACCAAGGUGGGAGCAGGUUCUGGAUGCUGUACUGAAAGCUGGGACUGGUGUGUUGUAUCUGAUUUGCACCAUCAUCACCAUUCAGCUGCACUGGAGCUCCUGUAGAAAGAGGGGAUCCAAUCAGAGAGAAGCAGUAGGAGGGGCCAAUACAAACCACAGGACACAUCAUCCCACAUGAAGGGGACACCACAGAUGGCAGUAAACAUGUCAAGGGUUGCCCCUCCUGCAUUUGAAGAUUUAUAACACCGAUUGUAAAAGAGAGACAUGCUUGAUGCCUAAAACCAAAGGACACAACUGUUCAAUUAAUCAUAUUCACUUGAAUUAUUGAAAUCCAUAGCAUUCCUCCAGUUUAGGGACAGUAGAAUAUAUUUUAAAAAUGCAUCUUUGUGUUUUGGAAUUUUCUGAAUGUCUCAAAAAUACAUUGUGGAUUUUGUUAUAUUUCAAAUAUGUGUUCCCCACACUUUAUUGCACCAAAUUUGAUCUUAUUUUUCGAACCUAAAUGGUUUUACAGAGAAAAGAGUAAAUGGUGCACCUUGGUACGCACUGGGGUAAAAAAAAAAACAAUGAAUUGCAAUAUUUCAUGGGAUAAUCUUGUUUUUCUAAAUACAUUACCACUUAUGACUCAAAAGAUUUUUUCAAUAACCAUAGAUUAAGGAAAAUCUAUAUUCAUGGGAUAACCAUGUUUGUUUUCCAAAAUACUUUAUCACUUAUGACUCAUAACAAACAUUUGUUAUAAUAGCCGGCUGUAGCCUUGUAGAGUGUAAUGCAGCCAAAUAGGUCUUGCAAUAUAAAUACAGAAAAAGGUAUAUAAAUGAACUAGCAUGCCAGCAAUGAGAUCUUAUGAAAAGCGCGAAACUAUUUAGCAUUGUCGCCCGACGUGUGAAACAAUGUCUUUUAAUGAACCAGUACAUCGAUACAUCAGUGCAGAAGGGUGGGAUCCCUCAGGUACCAUGGUGCCUUGAACACACAUGAGUGAUCACUCAGAUGACCUGAGAAGCACAGGAAGGGAGAGGAGACCUGGCUGUGCUUUGGCUAGAUCUGGCCAAUGCAUAUGGCUCCAUACCCCACAAACUGGUGGACACUGCCCUCAUUCGCCAUCAUGUCCCAGAGAAGAAUAAGGACCUCAUUCUUGACCACUACAAUGACUUCAGAUUGAGAGUCACCUCAGGGUCAGUUACAUCGGAGUGGCACAGAUUGGAGAAGGCAAUAAUCACUGGAUAAUCACCAAUUCAGUGAGCCUUUUUGCCCGGGCCAUGAACGUUCUGACCAAAUCUGCUGAAGCAAAGUGUAGAGACCCCCUAUCCAAGUCUGAUAUUCGUUAUCCACCAAUUUGGGCAUUUAUGGAUGACCUCACAGUGACCACAACAUCGCUCCCAGACUGUAGGUUGUUGCAGAAGGUUCUGCAGAAGCUCAUAACAUGGGCACAUGUGGAAUACGUUUUUGGUGGAUUAUCUUUAUGACUUAUUAAUUUAAUUUGUUUUAAGUAUUUUUGUUUUAUUUUUUUAACUAAUUUGUUAUGGUUUUGGGAUUUUUGCACUGCACCAGAAAAUAAACUUCUAACCAGCAAAGUCCAGGUCCUUAGUGCUGAGGAGAGGGAAGGUGGCAGAGACCAGUUUAGCUCUUCCCUGGGAGGCAUAAAGAUUCCAUAUAUAGAGAAGCCAGUAAAGAGCCUGGGCAAAGUGUUUAAUGGCUCAGUGAAAGGCAGGGAAUCCAUCAAGGCAACUGAGCAAGAUCUGCAGAACCAUCUGACUGCAGUCCACAAACCUGGCCUCCUGAGUCGAUGGUCUCCCAUACAAGGAAAGUGCUGCAGUAUAGAGACUCCACUGACCCCAAGGUAGCUUGUGUUGGUACUGAGGUGAGGACUGGGAGGAAAUGGGAUGCCCAGGUUGCUGUGGAGCAAGCUGGCAUCUGGGUCGGCCGGGUUUGUUAAUAAUCCAACACCAAGCUAUGACCAAGCCAGCAUCAGGGGCAGAACCAGGCACCAGCUGGUUCAUCAGGAGGUAAGAGCACGUGUGGAGGAGGUAUGCACCCUACAGGGAGCCUGGAACCAAUGGGACCAGGCAGUGGACCGGAAAAUAGCUUAGUCUGACUUACAGCAGGCUGAACCCCAGCAUAUCGAGGUCCUUGACCAGUCAGUAUAUGAUGUGCUCCCGACUCUUCAGCUGGGGCUGAGCCAAGAGUCCUGCCUGCCCCCUGUGUUCUGGAGCAGGGACUCUGGAGCACAUUCUCAGUUGCUGCCCAAAAGCCCUGGGAGUGGGUUGUUACGAUUGGCGCCAUGACCAGAUACUAAAGACAGUAGUGGAAACUCUUGCCUCAGCCAUUGCCAAAUCCAAAAGGCAGGAACCGGGGUGUCAGCACAUUUCCUUUGUGAACGCUGGAGAGAGGCCCAAAGCGCAGGAGAUGGCACCAACAGGGCUCCUCACAAUGGCCCAAGGUUGAUCUAGGCAUGGGCGUAAAUCCCGGGGGGGACGGAGGGGUUGUGUCCCCAAUCCGAGGGUUGUGCCCCCCAAAAAAAUUAUAUAAAAAAAAAAUCGCACUAUUG